UUUAUCUCGCCCGGGAUCAGCCAAUAUUUGUGGCCACGUCAGGAGAACGAGCCCAUCCUCGCCCCGUGCUCCCGCUCAGUCCAGUUCUGUCACCCUGGCCCCGCCGCUGCCGCUGGCUCAUCGCAUUCGGCUUCUCGGACACUGCUGGGACUCCCACGCUGUCAGCUCUCGCCACGGGAGAUGACGGUCACCGUGGUUCUCCUGCUCCUGAGCCUCCUACGGAUGGCAGCAGCCAAGGGCGCGUGGUGCCCGGCCUGCGGAGUGGCCGCGCUGGCCCCCGGAUCGCAGCGGGACGCGCUCCUGGCUCUGGCCAAGCAGAGCAUCCUGGCCAAGCUCCGCUUGCCAGCCAGGCCCAGCGUCCCCCAUCCCCCGUCCCGGGGGGCUCUGCUGACCGCGCUCCGCAGGAUGCGAGCGCAGCGCUCGGACACGGCCGCCGCCACCCCCGGAAUGCUCCGGGACCCAGCCCAGCCUGGGAUGGGGCUGCAGCAAUACGAGAUCCUCAGCUUUGCCGAGUCAGGAUCCUCCGCUUCCCACCGUGUCCACCUGCAUUUCCGCUUCUCCCAGGAGGUGGCUGGGAGCACUGAGAUCCUGCAGGCCACCCUCUACCUGUUCUGGGCAGCCCCUGGACCCGGGGCACAGCCUGUCACCGUCAGGCUCCUGCAGCCAGACCCAGCAGGAGCAAACAUGACAGUGGCCAGCGAGACACGGCUGGAGGUGCAGAGAUCCGGCUGGACCACGCUGGACGUUGGAGCCGCCGUCCGGAGCCUCUUUGGACAAGAGACCCUGCGGCUCACGGUGGAACUGGAGGUGCCAGAGGACUGGGGAUCCCCUCUCCCAACUGACCACAGUGAUUCCCACUGGCCAUUUGUGGUGGUCCAAGCCCAGGCCAGGACACCGCACCGCGUCCAUCGGCGCGGCGUCGAUUGCAGCGCAGAUUCGCGGAUGUGCUGCCGCCAAGAAUUCUUUGUGGAUUUCAAGGAGAUCGGCUGGGAGGACUGGAUCAUCCAGCCGGAGGGGUACCACAUGAAUUACUGUGCGGGGCUGUGCCCGCUGCACAUGGCCGGCGUUCCCGGCCUGGCCGCCUCCUUCCACACCGCCGUCCUCAACCGCAUCAAAGCGGCGAGCGCGGCGGCGGCCGUGGAUUCCUGCUGCGUUCCCACCCAGCGCCGCCCCCUCUCCCUGCUCUACUACGACCGGGACAGCAACAUCGUCAAGACCGACAUUCCCGACAUGAUCGUGGACUCCUGCGGCUGCACCUGAGCGGUGCCGGAGCGGGUGGGAGGACAGGACACGGCGGGACAGGGCUCCUCCCUCUGCCUGGGAGGCAGCAGCUCUGCGAGGGGGUUUCUCCUCCUGUGGGUGAAGCAUCAAGGUUGAUGCUGAAUGUGCAAGUCCCCUCCUCUCUCACCUCCCACAUGGCUCUUCCCCCCUUUGGAUCUGCCCAUGGAUUCCUCUCACAGCCCCUCAGUCCAGCUCCCGAUGGACUCCAGAGCCUUUUCCUGCUGGAUGCUGCAGAGCUGGGAUCAGGACGGUCCUGCUGCCAUCCCAGCCCAAGGUCCUGGUGUGCCCUGGGUGCGGCUACAUCAGCACAGGACCCACCAGUGGCCACCCUGGGCUGCUGGGGCUGGUGAGAGCAGGGCAGGGGUCAUCCCCAUGGUCCCACGCAGCUGGACACGCAGCUGAGCAGGGAGAGGAAAGGGAAAUCCAUCCCAGUGGGAGGAAUGUGUCUCCCUCUCCAAGCAUCCCCGCUAGCUGGUGUUCAAUAAAGACUCCCAGCAGCA